GUGCAGCUGCAGGUGCACCCCAACCUGUCGGCCAAGGAGGGAGCUCUGCAGCACAUCGAGGAGUUGAUUCUGCAGCUGCUCAACAUGCUGUGUGUGGCCCAGCCCCGCUCUGUACAGGACGUGGAGGAGCGGGUCCAGAAGACCUUCCCCCACCCCAUAGAUAAAUGGGCCAUAGCUGAUGCCCAGUCAGCCAUCGAGAAAAGAAAGAGGAGGAACCCCCUGCUGCUCCCCGUGGAUAAGAUACACCCCCUACUCAAGGUAAAUACACCCCCUGCUGCUCCCUGUGGAUAAGAUACUCCCCCUGCUGAAGGUACUUAUUCCCCCUGCUGAAGGUAGAUACACCCCCUGCUGAAGGUAGAUACUCCCCCUGCUGAAGGUAGAUACACCCCCUGCUGAAGGUAGAUACACCCCCUGCUGAAGGUAGAUACUCCCCCUGCUGAAGUUAGAUACUCCCCCUGCUGAAGGUAGAUACUCCCCCUGCUGACGUUAGAUACUCCCCCUGCUGACGUUAGAUACUCCCCCUGCUGAAGGUACAUACACCCCCUGCUGAAGAUAGAUACUCCCCCCUGCUGAAGGUAGAUACUCCCCCUGCUGAAGGUAGAUACACCCCCUGCUGAAGGUAGAUACACCCCCUGCUGAAGGUAGAUACACCCCCUGCUGAAGGUAGAUACUCCCCCUGCUGAAGGUAGAUACUCCCCCUGCUGAAGGUAGAUACACCAUCUGCUGAAGGUAGAUACACCCCCUGCUGAAGGUAGAUACACCCCCUGCUGAAGGUAGAUACUCCCCCUGCUGAAGGUAGAUACUCCCCCUGCUGAAGGUAGAUACUCCCCCUGCUGAAGGUAGAUACACCCCCUGCUGAAGGUAGAUACACCCCCUGCUGAAGGUAGAUACUCCCCCUGCUGAAGGUAGAUACACCCCCUGCUGCUCCCUGUGGAUAAGAUACUCCCCCUGCUGAAGGUAGAUACUCCCCCUGCUGAAAGUACAUACACCCCCUGCUGAAGAUAGACACUCCCCCUGCUGAAGGUAGAUACACCAUCUGCUGAAGGUAGAUACACCCCCUGCUGAAGGUAGAUACACCCCCUGCUGAAGGUAGAUACACCCCCUGCUGAAGGUAGAUACUCCCCCUGCUGAAGGUAGAUACUCCCCCUGCUGAAGGUAGAUACUCCCCCUGCUGAAGGUAGAUACUCCCCCUGCUGAAGGUAGAUACUCCCCCUGCUGAAAGUACAUACACCCCCUGCUGAAGAUAGAUACUCCCCCUGCUGAAGGUAGAUACACCAUCUGCUGAAGGUAGAUACACCCCCUGCUGAAGGUAGAUACACCCCCUGCUGAAGGUAGAUACUCCCCCUGCUGAAGGUAGAUACACCCCCUGCUGAAGGUAGAUACACCCCCUGCUGAAGGUAGAUACUCCCCCUGCUGAAGGUAGAUACUCCCCCUGCUGAAGGUAGAUACUCCCCCUGCUGAAGGUACAUACACCCCCUGCUGAAGAUAGAUACUCCCCCUGCUGAAGUUAGAUACUCCCCCUGCUGAAGGUAGAUACUCCCCCUGCUGAAGGUAGAUACUCCCCCUGCUGAAGGUACAUACACCCCCUGCUGAAGAUAGAUACUCCCCCUGCUGAAGUUAGAUACUCCCCCUGCUGAAGGUAGAUACACCCCCUGCUGAAGGUAGAUACUCCCCCUGCUGAAGGUAGAUACUCCCCCUGCUGAAGGUAGAUACUCCCCCUGCUGAAGGUAGAUACUCCCCCUGCUGAAGGUAGAUACUCCCCCUGCUGAAGGUAGAUACACCAUCUGCUGAAGGUAGAUACACCCCCUGCUGAAGGUAGAUACACCCCCUGCUGAAGGUAGAUACUCCCCCUGCUGAAGGUAGAUACUCCCCCUGCUGAAGGUAGAUACACCCCCUGCUGAAGGUAGAUACACCCCCUGCUGAAGGUAGAUACUCCCCCUGCUGAAGGUAGAUACUCCCCCUUCUGAAGGUAGAUACUCCCCCUGCUGAAGGUAGAUACUCCCCCUGCUGAAGGUAGAUACUCCCCCUGCUGAAGGUAGAUACUCCCCCUGCUGAAAGUAGAUACUCCCCCUGCUGAAGGUAGAUACUCCCCCUGCUGAAGGUACAUACACCCCCUGCUGAAGUUAGAUACUCCCCCUGCUGAAGGUAGAUACUCCCCCUGCUGAAGGUAGAUACUCCCCCUGCUGAAGGUACAUACACCCCCUGCUGAAGAUAGAUACUCCCCCUGCUGAAGUUAGAUACUCCCCCUGCUGAAGGUAGAUACACCCCCUGCUGAAGGUAGAUACACCCCCUGCUGAAGGUAGAUACUCCCCCUGCUGAAGGUAGAUACUCCCCCUGCUGAAGGUAGAUACUCCCCCUGCUGAAGGUAGAUACUCCCCCUGCUGAAGGUAGAUACUCCCCCUGCUGAAGGUAGAUACUCCCCCUGCUGAAGGUAGAUACUCCCCCUGCUGAAGGUAGAUACUCCCCCUGCUGAAGGUACAUACACCCCCUGCUGAAGGUAGAUACACCCCCUGCUGAAGGUAGAUACUCCCCCUGCUGAAGGUAGAUACUCCCCCUGCUGAAGGUAGAUACUCCCCCUGCUGAAGGUACAUACACCCCCUGCUGAAGAUAGAUACUCCCCCUGCUGAAGGUAGAUACACCCCCUGCUGAAGGUAGAUACUCCCCCUGCUGAAGGUAGAUACACCCCCUGCUGCUCCCUGUGGAUAAGAUACUCCCCCUGCUGAAGGUAGAUACUCCCCCUGCUGAAGGUAGAUACUCCCCCUGCUGAAAGUACAUACACCCCCUGCUGAAGAUAGAUACUCCCCCUGCUGAAGGUAGAUACACCCCCUGCUGAAGGUAGAUACACCCCCUGCUGAAGGUAGAUACUCCCCCUGCUGAAGGUAGAUACUCCCCCUGCUGAAGGUAGAUACUCCCCCUGCUGAAGGUACAUACACCCCCUGCUGAAGAUAGAUACUCCCCCUGCUGAAGGUAGAUACACCAUCUGCUGAAGGUAGAUACACCCCCUGCUGAAGGUAGAUACACCCCCUGCUGAAGGUAGAUACUCCCCCUGCUGAAGGUAGAUACUCCCCCUGCUGAAGGUAGAUACUCCCCCUGCUGAAGAUAGAUACUCCCCCUGCUGAAGGUAGAUACACCAUCUGCUGAAGUUAGAUACACCCCCUGCUGAAGGUAGAUACACCCCCUGCUGAAGGUAGAUACUCCCCCUGCUGAAGGUAGAUACUCCCCCUGCUGAAGGUAGAUACUCCCCCUGCUGAAGGUAGAUACUCCCCCUGCUGAAGGUAGAUACACCCUCUGCUGAAGGUAGAUACACCCCCUGCUGAAGGUAGAUACACCCCCUGCUGAAGGUAGAUACUCCCCCUGCUGAAGGUAGAUACUCCCCCUGCUGAAGAUAGAUACACCCCCUGCUGAAGGUAGAUACUCCCCCUGCUGAAGGUAGAUACUCCCCCUGCUGAAGGUAGAUACUCCCCCUGCUGAAGGUAGAUACUCCCCCUGCUGAAGGUAGAUACACCAUCUGCUGAAGGUACAUACACCCCCUGCUGCUCUCUGUGGAUAAGAUGCACCCUCCCUCUCUAACUCUAACCCCCCUCUCUCCUCUCCUCUCCUCUCCUCUCUAACUCUAACCCCCCUCUCUCCUCUCCUCUCCUCUCCUCUCUAACUCUAACCCCCCUCUCUCCUCUCCUGCUGUUUAUCCUGUCUACAGGAGGUGCUGGGUUAUAAGAUAGACUACCACGUCUGCCUCUACAUCGUGGCGGUGCUAGAAUACAUAUCAGCUGACAUCCUGAAGCUAGCAGGAAACUACGUUGGUAACAUCAGACAUUAUGAGAUCAGCCAGCAAGACAUCAAGGUGUCCAUGUGUGCAGACAAGGUAGGAAACAUACCAUACCGUCUGUCCAUCUGUCUGUCCAUCUGUCUAUCUGUCUGUCUGUCUGUGUCUAGCUGUCUGUCUGUCUGUGUCUAGCUGUCGGUCUGUCUGUGUCUAGCUGUCGGUCUGUCUGUGUCUAGCUGUCGGUCUGUCUGUGUCUAGCUGUCGGUCUGUCUGUGUCUAGCUGUCGGUCUGUCUGUGUCUAGCUGUCGGUCUGUCUGUGUCUAGCUGUCGGUCUGUCUGUGUCUAGCUGUCGGUCUGUCUGUGUCUAGCUGUCGGUCUGUCUGUGUCUAGCUGUCGGUCUGUCUGUGUCUAGCUGUCGGUCUGUCUGUGUCUGUGUCUAGCUGUCGGUCUGUCUGUGUCUGUGUCUAGCUGUCGGUCUGUCUGUGUCUGUGUCUAGCUGUCGGUCUGUCUGUGUCUGUGUCUAGCUGUCGGUCUGUCUGUCUGUGUCUAGCUGUCGGUCUGUCUGUCUGUGUCUAGCUGUCGGUCUGUCUGUCUGUGUCUAGCUGUCGGUCUGUCUGUCUGUGUCUAGCUGUCGGUCUGUCUGUCUGUGUCUAGCUGUCGGUCUGUCUGUCUGUGUCUAGCUGUCGGUCUGUCUAGCUGUCGUCUGUCUGUCUGUCUAGCUGUCGGUCUGUCUGUCUGUCUAGCUGUGUCGGUCUGUCUGUCUGUGUCUAGCUGUCGGUCUGUCUGUCUGUGUCUAGCUGUCGGUCUGUCUGUCUGUGUCUAGCUGUCGGUCUGUCUGUCUGUGUCUAGCUGUCGGUCUGUCUGUCUGUGUCUAGCUGUCGGUCUGUCUGUCUGUGUCUAGCUGUCGGUCUGUCCUGUCGGUCUGUGUCUGUAGCUGUCGGUCUGUCUGUCUGUGUCUAGCUGUCGGUCUGUCUGUCUGUCUAGCUGUCGGUCUGUCUGUCUGUCUAGCUGUCGGUCUGUCUGUCUGUGUCUAGCUGUCGGUCUGUCUGUCUGUCUAGCUGUCGGUCUGUCUGUCUGUCUAGCUGUCUGUCUGUCUGUCUGUGUCUAGCUGUCGGUCUGUCUGUCUGUGUCUAGCUGUCGGUCUGUCUGUCUGUGUCUAGCUGUCGGUCUGUCUGUCUGUGUCUAGCUGUCGGUCUGUCUGUCUGUGUCUAGCUGUCGGUCUGUCUGUCUGUGUCUAGCUGUCGGUCUGUCUGUCUGUGUCUAGCUGUCUGUGUCUAGCUGUCGGUCUGUCUGUCUAGCUGUCGGUCUGUCUGUCCUGUCUGUCUGGUGUCUAGCUGUCUGUCUGUUAGCUCUAGCUGUCGGUCUGUCUGUCUAGCUGUCGGUCUGUCUGUCUAGCUGUCUGUGUCUAGCUGUCUGUGUCUAGCUGUCUGUCGGUCUGUCUGUGUCUAGCUGUCUGUCGGUCUGUCUGUGUCUAGCUGUCUGUCGGUCUGUCUGUGUCUAGCUGUCUGUCGGUCUGUCUGUGUCUAGCUGUCUGUCGGUCUGUCUGUGUCUAGCUGUCUGUCUGUCUGUCUGUGUCUAGCUGUCUGUCUGUCUGUGUGUCUAGCUGUCUGUCUGUCUGUCUGUGUCUAGCUGUCUGUCUGUCUGUCUGUGUCUAGCUGUCUGUCUGUCUGUCUGUGUCUAGCUGUCUGUCUGUCUGUCUGUCUGUGUCUGUCUGUCUGUGUCUAGCUGUCUGUGUCUAGCUGUCUGUCUGUCUGUGUCUAGCUGUCUGUCUGUCUGUGUCUAGCUGUCUGUCUGUCUGUGUCUAGCUGUCUGUCUGUCUGUGUCUAGCUGUCUGUCUGUGUUUUUCUGUAUCUCUCAAUCACCUUCAAUGCCAAUCCACUCCAAAGUCAGUAGAUAUAUUCUAUGGGUCCUGGUUGACUUGCUAACCUGUCUCUGUGUGUCCGUCCCAGGUGUUGAUGGACAUGUCUGACCUGAUGUCUCUGUUGCAGGUCCUAAUGGACAUGUUUGACCAGGACGAGGACAUCGGUCUGGUGUCUCAGUGUACGGAGGAGCCGUCGUCGUCGGGCGAGCUGACCUACGAUGACCUGGUGCGCCUGGAGAUCGCAGAGGAGCGCCAGUACCUGCGGGAGCUCGAUCUCAUCAUCAAGGUGUUCCGACAUCACUUCCUGUUCAACAACAAGAUCUUCACGCCUCAG